UUUUAUCAAUUAUUUGUAUGAUAGACGACAUCGACUCGGUUUCCAUGUGUUGUAAAGAUAGGUCCGUCCCAUUCAGGACAGGGAAAGAUGAAAGUGGAGAAUAUGCAGGACUUCAACGACUUGGCCAGUGUGGUGGCCGUCACCAAAACUUACUGCACUAUUGAGCCGUUCAUUGACGCCAAAUGUGAUGUUCACAUACAGAAGAUCGGCACUAAUUUGAAAGCUUAUGCCCGUAAGUCAAUAUCUGGUAACUGGAAGGCAAACGUUGGAUCCGCUGUUUUGGAGCAAAUCAAUGUUAACGAGAGAUAUAAGAAAUGGAUGGACGAUGUGUCCGAAGCUUUCGGAGGACUCGAUAUCUGUGCCGUUGAGCUCAUUGUGGGAAAGGAUGGAAAGGAGCAUAUUAUUGAAGUGACCGGUUCUGCGAUGACUCUUCUCGGAGAGUCUCAGGAGGAGGACAGGCGAUCCAUCGCUGACUUAGUUGUACAGAGAAUGCAAUACUUCUGUAGACCAACCAUGAGUAAGCGCUCGAGUCUUACCACAGGAUAUGGAAGUACUGAAGAACAGCCAUCAGACUUACCACAACCUCAGACACAAAUGAGCGCCGGUAGAGUUGGAACACAGGGCCAGCAGCCGGUCAAUCAACCGCCACAAAGAGGUGCCGCACCUCCACAGCGACAACCAUCACAACCAGUACCCCCUCAGGCGGGCCCUCAGACACAACGAAGAGGAUCUAAAGAUCAAAAUGAAGUCAAUUCUAUAUCUGGUGUAACGAAUCCAUUCUCUCAUCAAACCCCAGCAAAUGUUGGACCAAAUGUUGGUCCAAAGCAGACAUCGGUUGUGGAGAACCAACAAAACAUAACCCAAAACCAAAACCAAAGCCAAAGACCCACACUCUUCAGAAGGAGUUCUCAAACGGGUAAUGAAGAGUCAAAAGGGGAUGAAGUGGACGACACGAUGAGGAAUCUCCGCAAGACUUUUGCUGGAAUUUUCGGUGAUAUGUGAGCCAUAGAUGAUGACUAUAGGCCCGUAUUAUCUCAUAUACCAAUAGUAUUACCGGUUAUAUGAUAUGAUAGCAUAUUAUAAUAUAAAUAUAUACACUAUUAUAAGAAUUGGAUUCAUGAC